AUGUGGAUAGAAAAAGAUACAAAAGAAAAUCAUACAUAUGGGGGUGCUUUAAGUAAACAAGUUAAUAAUGAAAUAGAAAUAUUAAAAAAGAGUAAUAAUAAUUUAUAUAAUAGUAGAAAUAUUUUUACAGAAAGAAAAAAUAAAAAUUACAAAGAUAGUAUGAGCUUAUAUAAUAAAAAUGAUUGUACAAGAAUGAUUAAAAAUAAAAGUGAAAUAAAAUCUAAUUAUACUGAUACAGUAGAUAAUAUUAAAAAAAAUUUAUCAAAAAGUUAUUUAAGUAAAUCUUUACAUUUUAAUAACACAAAUAUAUAUAAUAAAACGAAAUUAUCUAAUGAAAAUUAUGAAAGCAAACCAAAAGAAAAAAAUAUUUAUACUAGAAAUCUGGAGACCUAUAAUAUGUCUGAACUUUAUACGAAUAAAGAAGAAGAAAAUGAUUUUUUAAGUACAUUGAGUAGUUUUAAUAUAAAAAAAAGAAAGGAAUUAGAUUUUUUUGAUAAUAUAAAUAAUGAGUUAAUAGAAAAAUCAUCAAAUCUUAAAGAUAUUAAAAAUAAAAAUGAAUAUUAUUUAUAUGGAACCCAUUUAAGAGAUAAUAAUAUAUCUAAAAUAAUAGAAACAGGAAACAACAAAAAACAGAAAAAGGAAAAUGGAGAAAUUCUAAAAAAUUAUAGAAAUACUCAAUAUCUAAAUAGUUCUAUUUAUAAUGAUAGUAUAAUAAAUAAUAAAACUGUAUUCCAUUGUGAUUAUGAUGAUAUUAAAAAAUAUGAAAUUAAAAAUGAAGAAUGGAAUGAUUUAAUAUAUAGAAAUAAAAAGAUUCUACCUAAAGAUGAAAGUAUAUAUAGAAGUUAUCAUAAAAAUAAAAAAGAAAUAAAUGAAUCAUUAUGUAAAAAAAAUGAAAAUGAAUCAGUAAAUGAUAUUAAUAAUAAUAAUAGUCUUUUAAAAGUGAAAUAUCGUAUUCAAAGAGAUAUUCCUGCAAUUAUAAAAAAUACAGUUGACAAUCAUUUGUCUAAAAAUAUUGACAUUAAAGUUCAAGAUUCCAUUGAAAAAAAUAUCAUGAAUUUUGUUGAAAAUAAAUUAUUAAGUAUUAUAAAAAAGAAUGUAAAUGAUUUAAAUAAUAGUUAUAUUUAUGAUAAAAUAAAUGAAAGUAUCGAAAAAGAAAUAAAAAAAAAUAUAGAUUUAGUUUGUAACAGUGUAAAAGAUAAUGUUCAUAAAAAUAUAAAUGAAGAAAUAAGAAAAAAUGUUGAUUUUUUAAAUAAUAAUUUAAAUGAUAACAUAAAUAAAGAAAUAGAAAACAAUAUAGAGAAAAUUUAUACUAAAGUUAAUGAAGAAGUUGACAAUAAGUUAAAUAUUAAAUUAAUAGAAAAUAUAAAUAAUGUUCAGGAUAAUUUAAUUAAAAAUGUAAAUGAAGAAUUAAAAAGAAAAAUAGAAAUAGUUCGUAAUAAUAUAAAUACUAAGGCAAAUGAGAACAUAAAUAAGGAAUUAGUGAAAAAUGUGGAUUUUUUAAAUAAUAAAAUAAGUGAAAAUAUCAAUAAAGAAUUAAAAAAAAAUAUUGAUAUUUUAAAUAGAAAUAUAGAUGAAAAUUUAAAUGAUCAAAUUGAGAAAAAUAUUAAAAUAAUAAGAAAAAACGUUAAUGAUAAUUUAAAUGAAGAAUUAAAAAACAGCAUUAAUACAAUAGAAAAAAAUAUUGAUUUAAUACACAAAAAUAUUGAUGUAAGUUUAAAUGAGCAUAUAGAAAAUAAAAUUAAAAAAAUGCAUGAAAAUGAAAAUUUUGAUUCAAAUAAUGAUAUAAAAAAAUUUAUUGGAUCAACAGAAGACAGUAUAAAAGAUAACAUAUGUAAAGAAAUUAGAAAUAAUAUUGAUUCAAUAAAUAAAGAACUUAAUGAAAAUUUGAAGGAAGAAGUAAAAAAUGGCAUACAUGAAUUGAAUAAAAAUUUUGAUAUAAAUAUAUAUGAUAAAAUUGAUAAAAAAUUUGAUAUAAUAAAUGAAGAUAUUCAUAAUAAAUUAAGAAAAGAAAUAAUAGAAAAAAUUAAUAUGACUUAUAAAGAUAUUAAUUUAGAUAUGAAUGAAGAAAUCGAAAAGAACAUUAAUAAAUUAUAUGAAAAUAUAAAAUUAAAUUUAAAUGAAGAAGUAAAAAAAAGUAUAGAUGUACUUCAAGAAGGUUUCAGUUUUAAUGUAAAUGAAGAAAUAAAAAAAAGUUAUAUUAAAAAUGAGAUGCUUAUAAAAAAUUCUAAUGAAAAUUUAAGUGUUUUAAUAAAAAACGAUUUAACAAAUACUAUACAAAAAGAGAUGAAAAUAAUAAAAAAUUUUAAAAUAAAUAACAAAGAUUUAAAUGAUAUUAUAAAAAAUAAUUUUUUAGAAUUUCAAAAAAAAGUUAAUAAUUAUCUUGAGAGUAACACUGUUACCUUAAUUAAUAUAAAUGAAUUGAUUAUAAAAAAUUUGGGUGAUUAUAUAUUGAGAAUAAAUAAUGUACUUAAUAAGGUUGAUGAAAAUAUUGAAAAAAAAUUUUCAAAUAUAAUAGAUGAACAUAUGAACAAUUUAAUAAAUAAUAUAAGUAACAAGAAUAAUGAAAAUGUAAAUAAUAUAAUUGAUAAUUUAGAUAAUAAAAAUUAUCAGAAUAUUAAAAAAAUAAUUGAUGAUACAAAUAAAAGAAACAAUGAAAAUAUGACUAAAACUUUUAAUUCUUUAAAUAAAAUAAAUAAUGAAAACAUAAGUAAAGCAAUUAACGAUUUAAAUAGCAAAAAUAAUGAAAAUAUAAAUAAAAUAACUGACUUACUGAAUAGAAAUAAUGAAAAUAUAACUAAUAUGAUAUUUGAUAAAAUUGUUAAAGAGAAAUUGUGUUACAAAAUAGAUGAAGAAAAUUUAUUUUCUAAUUUACAAGAAGGGGUAACAAUAAAAUUCUCUCAUAUAUAUACAGAUAUAAAAAAUAUAUUAAUUAAACAAGAUGAAAAAAUGAAAGGUUAUUUAAGAAAUAUUAAAAAUGAACUAAAUUUAAAAUUAAAUUAUGAAAAUUCUAAUAUUUUACAAAUUAUUGAAGACAAAAUGAAUGACAUUAUUAAUAGAAAUAUUGGGUAUAUUAAUAAUAAAGAAGCAAUAAAAAACAUUAAUGAUAUAAAAAAAAUAACUUUACAACUUAAAAAAGAUAAUGAAAAUAUAAAAAUUUAUAAAUCAAAUAAAAAAAAUAAUUAUUCAUUUCAAAAAGAUAUAGAAAUAAACGAAUCAGGAAAAGAAUUAUGCCAAUUUUUUAAUUUAAGUAAAGAUUCAAAUUCAUCAAAAUAUUUCAAUAAAAAAAUAAAUGCUGAAAAUAAGAAUAGAAAGAAAAGGAAACCUAUAUAUGUAGUUAAUUAUGUAAAGAAUGAGAAUAAUGAACUAAUAGAAGUGUCAGAAUAUUUAAAAAGAAAAACAAAGAAAAAAGUAUGCUUUUAA